AUGAUCUCUCCACUACCCAAACCGCUGUCAUCCUCAAAAAACCCUAAUCCCAAAAAUGUGUAUCACAUCGGAGGCCUGCAAGUGGAGUUUCCUUACCAACCGUACGGGUCUCAGUUUGCAUUCAUGGGCAGAGUAAUCUCCACCCUUAACAGAGCUCAGAGCGAAGGCCAUUGUCACGCGUUGCUUGAAUCUCCAACUGGUACUGGCAAGUCCCUUUCGCUUCUUUGUUCCUCUCUCGCUUGGCAGCAACACUAUAAAUCACAACAACAACAACAACAAAACCUUAAGACCGUUCCCGAAGCAACCACCGAUCCUCUCGCUUACGGUGGCGGUUUCGUUCCCGAGGAGUUUUCGCUUUCUUCUGGUAACUAACUAACUAACUCAUCGGAAAGUUCACAAUCAGAGGCCAACAAGAAGAAGCAGAAGAAAAAGACAGCUCCAACUAUAUAUUAUGCUUCGAGAACGCACUCACAAAUUUCUCAAGUGGUUCGUGAAUUGCGGAAGACUGCAUACAGGGUUCCCAUGACUGUGUUGGCAUCGCGGAAAUAUUAUUGCACCAAUAAAAAUAUUCGUGGCAAAGAGAAUAUCGAUGAAGAAUGUAAACUACUUUUGAAAGAUCAAGAUGUCGGGUGUCCUGAAUUCAAAAAUGCUAAUAAAGUCAAAGGUCAUCCAUCCCUUCUGAAAGGAGGAUGCAAUGAGGUGCAUGACAUAGAAGAUCUCGUAAAAGUUGGACAAGCGGUAAAAGGUUGCUCUUAUUAUGCUGCUCGUUCUAUGUCAGACGAUGCGCAGUUGGUAUUUUGUCCAUAUAGCUACAUCAUUAAUCCAGUCAUCCGGGGAGCAAUGGAUGUGGAUAUUAAAGGAGCAAUCGUGAUUCUUGAUGAAGCUCACAAUAUAGAGGACAUUACUCGUGAUGCUGGCAGUUUUGAUAUUGAAGAGGAUGUUUUGGAUAAAUUACAAAUGGAGCUCCAGCAACUUUGUUCUGAAAAAGCUUCAAUUUACCAGCCACUAUAUGAAAUGGCACAGGGGCUUACAAGUUGGAUGGAACAGAAGAAAAAUAAACUAGAAAAACGUGAUUUUCAGCACUAUGUGUCGUGUUGGACGGGUGAUCAGGCUUUAAGAGAGCUUGAAGUAGCAAAUAUUUCAAAGCAGUGCUUCCCUAUCUUGCUAGAAUGUGCUACCAUGGCAAUCAAAGAUUCUACAGACUUGGAGACGGACUCACCACGUUUAAGUGGCAUGUCAGUGAUAACACUUGAAGGCUUAUUCUCAUCACUAACUUAUUUCUUCUCAAGAAAUGGAUCUCACAUGUUGGAUUACCAGCUUGCUCUUCAGCGAUGUAUUAAAAAAGGUGCUGGAAGAGCUUCUGGAAACUGGACUCACACUUUAAGUUUGUGGUGCCUGAAUCCAGCGGUUGUGUUUAGAGAUGUUGCUGAUCUUUCUUUAUCAGUCAUCUUGACUUCUGGGACACUGUCACCAAUGGCCUCCUUUUCUUCCGAGCUUGGAGUUCAGUUUGAAACUAGUCUUGAAGCUCCACAUGUAAUUGAUGUGGACUCUCAGGCUUGGCCUGCUAUAAUCUCCACUGGUCCUGGUAAUUAUCCUUUAAAUGCAAGUUUUAAAACAGCAGAUGGAUUUGAAUUCCAGGAUGAAGUUGGAAGAUCCUUAGAGGAAAUCUUCAAGAUUGUUCCAGGUGGAUGUCUUGUGUUUUUUCCAAGCUACAAAUUGAUGGAAAAAUUAUGCAGCCGUUGGUCUGAAACAGGUCAAUGGUCUCGACUAAAUGCAGAAAAGUCCAUUUUUGUUGAACCAAGAGGAGGAAGCCAAGAUGAUUUUGAACUUGCAUUAAAGGGGUAUUAUGACUCAAUUCGUCAUGGCAAAAGACCUGCCUCAGGAAGGAAAAGAAGGAUUAAGAAAAGUGAUCAAAAUCCUUUCCUCGCAGUUGAUUCUCUACAGAAUUCUAAGAAAGGAGGAGCUGCUUUACUUGGCGUUUGUCGAGGAAAGGUUUCUGAAGGAAUUGAUUUCUCUGAUGAUAAUGCCAGAGUAGUUAUUAUUGUUGGCAUUCCAUUUCCCAAUAUAUAUGAUAUUCAAGUUGCACUAAAGAAGAAAUAUAAUGACACAUACAAAUCAUCCAAAAAUCUUUUGAGUGGAAGUGAGUGGUACUGCCACCAAACAUUCCGAGCUUUAAAUCAAGCAGCAGGGCGAUGUAUACGGCAUAGACUUGAUUAUGGAGCAAUCAUCUUAUUGGAUGAACGUUUUCGGGAAGAAAGAAAUAGAGCAUUCAUUUCAAAGUGGCUAAGAAGACCCUUGAGAGUGUAUGACAGCUUUGAUUUGUCUUUGGAGGGACUAAAAUCAUUCUUUGAGGAUGCCAAGGAACGGUACGGCUUGAAUAUAGUGCAAGGCUCACAGAAUUCAGGCUUAAAUGGUGAUGGUGUCCAAAACAAGGAUCAGAAUACGAGGAUCACGAGAAAGAAAAAUCAGAAACUUAACAAGUCUGUUAAUGGAGGUGAGAAAGAAACAUCAGUGAUCGAGGAUAACAGCUCUUUUACCAUACUAAGCUGUCAAGAUCUUGCUGAGAAUCAGCCAUCAGCUCAAAGGAAUAGUGAAAAUUGUAAAGACCAUAUCAACCCACACUGCUGCAAUCAGACAGAGCCAAGGUUCACUGGGGAAGUAUGUGUGUCAAUUAUACAUGAAGAAACCUCCACUAUCAAGGAAACCCCUUGUAUAGACAUUGACAGUGGUUCUGGUAGCCCUGUUUACUCUAAGGAUGACAACACUGGUUCCACCAUAAUUGAGGCCUCUGCUCAAUUUUCAGAUCACUUAUCAAGCAUUCCAAUGUCUUUCACUAAUGGAAGUAAAAAUUCUUCAAUGGCUCAGUCUUCAAUAACGGUUACUCCUGAAAAGAAUGUGACUGCAAAUAAUAUUCCAGAAAUGGAAUCGUCUUUGAAUUUGAGUGUUAAUUCUCACCACCAAAAAAGGAGAAAGCCUAUGGCCACGCCAUUUAUAAACCUCGUUGAAGAAGAAAAUUACAUUGCACCUUGUGCCAGCACUCAUAAAUGGUACACAAAAAGCUCGGUGGAUGUUAGAGAGGCAACUCAUGGAACUGAAUAUGGUUUUGAGAGAACUUUGAAGUCAAAUUCUCCUCAGUUACUGACCAGCAAUCUACCUGGUUCAUGUUCAUUAACUGUCCCUCUACUGGACAAAAGGUUACAGAUAUUUUGUUCACUGUGCAAAAAUCCACUGGGCCGACCUGAGCACCAUCUGUAUCUUACAUGCUCAUUAAUUUCAUCAUCAAAAGUUCACUUAAGAUCCCUUUUAAAACAGAGACCGAAAACGUGUUCUACUGAUACACUAAAGAGUGUUCCCGUUAUUAUUACUGAUUCUUCAUUUGUUGAUCCACGUAUUUGCAAUAGAAUACCUAAUAGUGCACCGGAACAGGGUAUUUGGUGUCGAGAAGAUGGGUGUGUCUUCAGCACUAUUUUCUGUCCCUUCUGCAGUAAUUCCAACAAUUUGCUAGGAGUUCAGAUCAUGGCAACCGAUUCAUCAAAUGUUCAGUUACUUGACAAGAUAUUGUUCUACAUGGAUUUUUUGGAAGUGAAGAACGAUGAAAAAUCAGGGAACCGUGCUUCAAAGGAAGUGGAUUUAUUGCCAGUUAAUGACUCUGGAAUCGAUAAAAUUGCUCUCUUCAAUUCCAUUGACAAAUAUUCUUAUCUUCCCCAACCGGGAAAAUUAGAAGUCUUGAAGCCUAGAAAAUCAAAGCAAAGAUUGAGAGGCUUGCCUUAUGCAAAAAGCCAAAGUUGAAGGUAACAUGAAUUAUGGUGCAGUUUUGGCAACCAUUUUAUGAACGCAACUUGAGAUCUACCACAACGGCUCACUACUAGCAAUACAUGGACACCGAGUAUGAACCAGGGUUGCCGGUCCAAGAGGAUCUCAAAGUUACCACCAAGCAUGACCCGUAUUGCAGUGGGGAGCUUCUGUACAGCAAGUUUUUUUUUUCCUUGGAAGAAGAUUGAAAUAGCUAGUUAUAUAGUUUAUAAUCGUCUUUUUUUGUACAGUUUUUAGUUUUUUUUUUCCUUGCUGUACUGAUGGAACUAUGUUAGAAUAACACGUUACAGAGUGUGCAUACGGUUUUACUGU